AUGGCAGUCGGCAAGCCCCGAAUCCUCUUCUUCAACCCUGUACGUCACGCCCGCGCCGCGUACGAAGCGCUGCAGGAAGUAGCUGCAACGGAAGUUGUCACGAGCACCUCGCGCCAGCAAUUCUUCGACGACAUCCCGAAGAAAUAUAGUGAUGUUAAGGCUAUCUAUCGGACGUCUGCUAGCGGCGCUGUCGCAGGGCCCUUCGACGAAGAACUCAUAUCCCGUCUCCCAGCCUCCCUGAAAUAUAUCUGCCACAACGGCGCCGGGUACGACCAAAUCGACGUGCGCGCCUGUUCAGUCCGCAACAUCACCGUCACGUACGCGCCGUCGCCUGUGACAGCUGCGACCGCAGAUCUUACAUUGUUCCUGCUUCUCGGUGCGCUGCGUAAUUUGAAUCCUUCACUCAGCUCGCUGAGAGCGGGCAACUUCAAGAAGGGAGUUAAAGAAGGUAGGGAUCCGGAGGGGAAGACGCUUGGGAUUCUGGGGAUGGGAAGGAUUGGACGCGCGGUGGUGCAGAGGGCGAGGGCGUUUGGGAUGAAGGCGGUUUAUCAUAAUCGCACGAGGUUGACGGGGGAGUUGGAGGCUGGGUGUGAGUAUGUUGGGUUUGAGGAGUUGUUGGCGGUUAGUGAUGUUAUCUCCGUGCAUGUUCCUCUCUCGGAGGGGACGAGACAUUUGAUUGGGAGGGAAGAGAUUGCAAAGAUGAAGAGGGGAGUUGUCAUUGUGAACACGGCGAGGGGGGCGAUUAUUGAUGAGGCGGCAUUGGUGGAGGCGUUGGAUGAGGGGCAUGUGGGUGCGGUGGGAUUAGAUGUGUAUGAAAAGGAGCCAGAGGUGCAUGAGAGGCUGGUGAGAAAUGAGAGGGCGUUGCUUGUGCCGCAUCUUGGGACGCAUACGGUGGAGACGUUGGCGAAGAUGGAGGAGUGGGCGAUGGAGAACGCAAGGAGGGGCGUCCUGGGUGAGGAGUUGUUAAGUGUUGUUCCGGAGCAAGCGGGAAAGAAGCUGGAUUCGAAGUAA